GGUGACAUCUUUUCAAAAGAUGUUAUAAUCAUCCCUGCCUGGAGUCGACAACCCGGAAAACCUGACCACUACUUGCUUUGCUGACCUAGCUCAUCGCAUUGCUCCAGGCAAGUGGGCAACAAAGUUUGGAAGAGACAUUGAGGGUUUUCCUCACCAAACAACUGGGAACUCUUGCGGCAUCUUCAUGUUGAUGUAUGCACUCAACAUGACGACAGGCGUUCCAUUUUCAUUCACAGAGAGGGACAUGGCACACAUCCGAAAAUGGUGGUGCAUUAGUCUGAUGGAACGAUUCCAGAUUGAUGGUCAUGGACAAAGAUUUGCAUACUGGACUAAUGAGGCUAAAGCAUUGCUCCAAGGGUCACUGCAACCAAUAUACAGGAUCCCAAAGGCCAGAAAUGGGGACAAUGAGGUUCAGUUUGAAAAGGCCAACAGAUGCUUCAUACUGGAGUUGCCGGAUUGUGUGCUCUCAGAAGUCUUGAAGGAAGUGAUCCUCCUGGAAGGAGAUAAGGCAUAUUUGACACUGGCUCUUGUAUGCACCACAUUCAGAAACACUGUGUCCACUAUCUCCUUCAGGAGACAGGCACAUUUUCUGUGGCUUGACAGUGUUGCUACAUGGAGCAUGUUUUCUGCAUCACACAGAAAGGCAUUCUAUGCCAUGUACAACAUUGAGACCUGCUUUGAAUGUGGAAAGCUAUAUAAAAACAGCACACCUGGAUAUGUUGGAACAGGAAAAAGAGGAGUACUGCAAGCCUUUUACUCUGAAUGCCCCCAUCCAGGAUACUGCAGUCACUUCUGCAGGCAAAUGCAAUAGGAAAACAAGAUAUUACACACACAAACACAAAAACACACAAAAGCUUCACUAGAUUAAAUUAACUAACCGAAGAAGUGUAUCCAAGAGGAUGGUCUAAAAAAGAAUUGUUAUAAAAGUCACAAUAAACAUAAAUGACAACAAAAAAUCAAAUGUUAAUUUCUUUUUCAUCAUACAUUUGAUUUGUACAAAUAUUAAAUGGGAUAUGAACAUCUCAGUUGUAAAUAUAAUGAAAUUAUAUAAAGCCUGUUUUUGUUGUAGCUCCACUUCCUGCAUCUCAUCCCCAACUUGCUUGCUGAGAGGAGUCAGACCCUGGGAUCCUCUGUUUUGGACCUUUGUUCUUAUUUGUUACUCAUGAGUACUAUAUUGCUCCAGUGUUUGUGUUUUUGAUUUAAAUAAAAUUUGAACUAUGAAAAAAUUUGAUCAACUCAAAUUUUGAUGAAAUGGAUUGAAAUAUUAAACAUAAAACAUUAGUAACAAAAUAGAAAGAGCAAUUAAACAUUAUGAAUACAAUAGUGUUUUAUUUUACAAAUACCAUUAUAACCACAAACGUACAUGGUAAGAAACAUUAUUUUGAAAACGAAACUGCUAAGUUCUUUCCAAAACCUGAGUGAAAGAACAGUAUAAAGCAGAUGUGAAGUGUAUUUUGUCCAACUAAACACAAACGUACAUGGUAAGAAACAUUAUUUUGAAAACAAAACUGCUAAGUUCUUUCCAAAACCUGAGUGAAAGAACAGUAUAAAGCAGAUGUGAAGUGUAUUUUGUCCAACUAAACACAAACGUACAUGGUAAGAAACAUUAUUUUUAAAACAAAACUGCUAAGUUCUUUCCAAAACCUGAGUGAAAGAACAGUAUAAAGCAGAUGUGAAGUGUAUUUUGUCCAACUAAACACAAACGUACAUGGUAAGAAACAUUAUUUUUAAAACAAAACUGCUAAGUUCUUUCCAAAACCUGAGUGAAAGAACAGUAUAAAGCAGAUGUGAAGUGUAUUUUGUCCAACUAAACACAAACGUACAUGGUAAGAAACAUUAUUUUUAAAACAAAACUGCUAAGUUCUUUCCAAAACCUGAGUGAAAGAACAGUAUAAAGCAGAUGCGAAGUGUAUUUUGUCCAACUAAACACAAACGUACAUGGUAAGAAACAUUUUAAUAACGAAACAGCUAAAUUCUUUCCAACAGUAUAGAUGUGUACUGUAUUUUGUCCGAGUGGGUUUGCCGUACUUUGACGUCAUCGGCAGUCGACGGACCCCGAGCCGAUCUUGCACCCGAGCAGAUCUUGUACCGACAUCGGCAAUAAUCAGAUUCAUACUCAUAAAAUACUUGUUUACAUGUUUUGUGUGUGUGUGUGUGUGUGUGUGUGUGUGUGUGUGUGUGACUCUGCCCACUAAUCCGUUACGUAUUUUGUUUCUUGUUGACAUAAAUACAAAAAUUAUGCAAAAGAAAAGAAGUGAAAUAAUGUACAAAACUAAACUGUAUGAUACAGUAUCGAACCCGCGACCUUCACCAUUGCAGGCGAACGCGUUAGUCACUAGACCACCAACACUAGGUGGUACAUCUCGCAAAUUCAUACCUUUAAAACACUAUGAGUGCUGGCAGGCUUUACAGCAACGUAUGUAAAAUAGAGCCUUUUUUAUUAUUAUAAACUUGUCGCUUCCGUACAAAUGUGAAACAAUAUAUCUGACGGAGAUUUCUGCGGAGUUUCUGCACUUUCCUGUCAACAGAAACAGACAUGCUGUCUGCCGCUGCCUUCCGCCUCCAGGCUUUUUCAGACUAAUAACUGAAAACUAAAGACUGCACACGUUAACUGAACAAAGAUUACAGCAAUACAUCACAACUUUCUCGCUACAAAUAUCGUCAAAACAUAUUUAUGUGCUCAAACGAUCUUAGUUUAUCAAAUUUUCUCUUAGAACAGCCUGAACAGAGUCCGCCAUACUUUCUCUGUUUCUCAGUCCUACAUGGACCAAUCACAUUGCUGUUCUGCAUUUCUUCAUUUGCAUGUAAAGG